UUAAAUUCAAUGAUCGAAUCAAGUCAUGUCAUGUACAGAGCAUUCGAAACAAAAUCAUUCUGAUCACCAUCAUCAUCAUCAUUCUAAUUCAAAGUUAUCCAUAAAAAGUGCCACGUUGAAUAAAACAUCUAAACGUCGAUCUUCAUCCUCAUCAUCAUCAUCAUCAUCAUCAUCUGAAUCAUAUGCUUCAUCAUUAGUUAAUAAUAAAUCAAAUAAAAACAUAAAACAACAAUUGCCUAUUGGUUGUGAUUCACACUCUUCAUCAUCAUCAUCAUCAUCAUCAUCAAACAUACAUAAAAAUCGAUCAAAAGAAUCAAAAAGUGAAAAUAAUAAAAAAUCAUCUUUAUUGCUCAACAUGCCUAGUGCAUCAACACCUACUUCCUCAACAGCAUCAGCUAUUAGUGCUACAGCUCCUUUAUCAUCAACUUCAUCAUCAUCAUCAUCCUCAUUAUCAAUGGUUCAAAGUCAAAAAUGUACUAGUUCACCAAAUCAGCCGGAUUUAGUAGUUAGUGCGACAACGACAACAGCGAUAAAUACAUUGACAACACAUUCACAACCACCGCAAUCAUCAUCCUCAUCAUCUUCAACAACAAUAAUGCCACCACAUACUUCAUCCGGUUCCACAUCAGCCCCAUCAUCAACGACAACAACUGCUUGUUGUGAAACUGGUCGUCCAAUACUCACUGAUCCAUUUACAGGCCAAUCCAUUUGUUCAUGUCAAUAUGAUGCACAUCUUUCAAAUUAUCAACGUUUAGCAGCUUCAGCAGGUUUAAUGUAUAAUCCAGCAGCGGCCGCAGCUGCUGCUGCUGCUGCAGCAGCAGCAUAUAGUUCAUCAUCAUCAUCAUCCUCGUCAUCAUCUUCAUCAUCAUCAACGCCUGGUAGUGGAGGUAUCAAUUUAGGAUCUGAUAUAACACCAAACGGAACAAUAACAUCAACGAAUACCACCAAUAGUAAUACACCGACAACUACAACACCAUCGAUUCCAUCAGCAGGACCACCUGGUUCGGUUGCACCACCACCACCACCGGGUUCGACCGGUAAUGAUUCAUUUUUACCUCUUUCACCUGAACAAUUACAAUCAGCGGCAUCGUUUUUUCCACCACCAACGGCAGCUGGAUUUGAUUUAAAAGAAAAUUUAGAUAUGUGGCGUAAUCUACCGUAUUCAAUGUAUUAUCCAUAUGAUAAUUCCGGUUUGACCGGAUAUCCAUUUGCCAACGGAUAUGGUAUGGAUCUCAAUGGAGCACGACGAAAAAAUGCAACCAGAGAGACGACAAGUACAUUGAAAGCAUGGCUUAAUGAACAUCGAAAAAAUCCCUAUCCAACUAAAGGCGAAAAAAUCAUGUUAGCUAUUAUAACGAAAAUGACAUUAACACAGGUAUCUACAUGGUUUGCAAAUGCAAGACGACGGCUAAAAAAAGAAAAUAAAAUGACAUGGUCACCAAGAAACCGUUGUGAUGAUGAUGAUGAUGAUGAUCCGGAUGAUGUUAAAGAUGAUGAUAGUGAUAUUGUCGACAUUGAAGAUGAUUCGGAAUCAAAACCACACAAUAAUAAUAAUCAUCAUCAUCAUCAUCAAACAAACCAUCAUAAUACUAAACGGGAAUGUUCGCCAUUAUCCGACAUUGGUUCAUUAUCCGAUUCUGAUGUUUUACUAGGACAGCACAAAGGAAUAUCGCCCCAUCUUCAUCAUCAUUCUCAUCCUCAUCUAGGACCAAAUAGUCGAUUACACGCCUUACAUCAUCAGUUAGCUGCAGCUGCAGCUGCAGCAGCAGCAGCUGCUAGUGAUGGUGGAACUGGUGGUGGUGAUAUUAAACCUCGAAUCUGGUCAAUUGUAGACACGGCAACUACCAAUAAUCCCAAUAAUCUUCAUCAUUCAUCAUCAAAUCAUCAUACAAACAACAAUAAUAAUCAUCAUAAUUCAUCAUCAUCAUCAUCACUAUCGCCGGGAGCAAAAUCGUCGGCUUCUGGUGGUAGUAUCGGCCCGAUCUCACCAAUCGCUGCCAAUCGUGCAGCUCGUCUCGAUUAUUUAACUGCUCCAUAUCUGAAACCUGGUACAAAUACAGCCGCAGGUAAUGGUGCAAAUGCUGCAGCAGCAGUUGCCGCUGCUGCUGCGGCUGCAGCUUUACCACCAAGUUGGUAUCCACCAGCAGCUUUUGGUCAUUCUGGUUCAGGUGCAUCGUCACCGUUUCCAGGAUCCUUAUAUUCUUGUCCACCAGCUUUGAUGAGUCAUUUGAUGGCAGCAAAUGCUGCUGCGGCAGCCGCUGCAGCAGCCGCAUCCGGUCAAACCGGUCCAAAUUCUUCACCAUCAAAUACUGCUGCCGGACCACUUAAUCUUCAUAAUUUGCCAUCCCAUUUAGUCGCAUUACGAAGUGCAGCAGCAGUUGCAGCUGCUGCAGCUGCAUCAUCUAAUCCAGGAGCAAAAUAAUGAUUUUGGGCUACAUUCAUAAUCUGAUUUAUCAUAAGAAACGAAAAUUAUUAUCAGAAAAAGGAACUAAA